UUUAAAUACAAGAGCACAGACGUAAGAAUAAUGCGACUGUCACGUAAAUAUUAAACGUCAUCAGUGUGCUGCCAGUUGUUUUUCGACCAGAAAGAGAAAUGGCUGCAAGGUUAUUGCUUCGCUCGGCCGUCAGGGCCGCUACAACUUGCCGGGCCGCCCCGGUCCCUGCUCUCACCCGCGGCAUGGCGGUUGGAGGCAUCCCCACCGACGAGGAGCAGGCCACUGGUCUGGAGAAGAUCGUUAUGAAGGCUGCGCAACAGGGCGCGGACCCCUACAGCAUGUUGAAGCCCAAAGAGUAUGCUGGCUCAAAGGCCGACCCCCAUCUGGUGCCCUCCAUCACCACCAAGAGGAUUGUGGGCUGUGUCUGUGAGGAGGAUAACACUGCAGUGGUGUGGUUCUGGCUCCAUCAGGGUGAUGCUCAGCGCUGUCCCUCAUGUGGCUCCCACUACAAACUGGUGCCCCACGAGCUGCCCCACUAAAAUGCACACCAACACACACCCUCUUAUAUACAUACACAGAUCUCCUAGUACCUUUACAUGACAUUACAUUCACUGAAAGAUUUCUGCUUCUUUAGGAUGAAGGGGGUUAGAUGGUGAUGUCAAAUCUGUUCUUUCAGGAAGUGUAUUUGCACUGGGAGUUAGGUGUUCUAAAUUAGAAUGUUGGGCCUCUGUGUGUACCCUUUGGUUCCUUUUAAUCAUGUGUUUGCUGUCCAAUUUCUUUCUCAUCCUAGCAUCUACUUGAAAAUCUAUCUAACCUGCUAUCCUCAAUGUCAGUCUGUGAUCAAAGGACCAGUUAUUGUUUAAAACUUACCGAAGGCCUAGGCCUAACGGUGUGGGACGCAAUGUUAUUUUUUUCAAGCAAUUCCAUUCAAACAGCAGUUUACGUUGAUGUAUGUACUGUACACUUGGUCUUAUCAAAUCAAUAAAGUCUACUCCCUUAA